AUGAUGCCGACUACAAUUCUGGCGAAACGUUUGAGAAUCUCUUGGUUAAUCACUUGUUUGGGGUAUCCGAUCUGCCGCUACACCAUUUGGCUCACUGACGCACCUAUCGUUUUGGCCCAGAUUACAGCAGGUAACAAUAACGCAUUGGCAGAGUCUGGAACAUUGGAGGGUGCAUCUAACAGGCCUGUCGCCCCUCUUUGUACUCGAUGUUCUCGACAUGAUCGCCCAGUCACCUUGGUCUCGUUUACCUUUCGUCUAGGCACACGACUGCCUAACGGCUAUCUACAGGACUCUAGGGAGACCAUCUACACUACCUGCGUUUUUUGUGAUGAAGACUUUCGUUCUGCUUUUGGAAUUCGCCUGCCGAACGUUUCCACUCAGACUCUUGAUAUUAAUGCACAUUCUGUCUCCACCUCUUCCGAAUUACCUACUGGUCGCUUCAGUAACAGCAGUGAUGUAUCCAGCCUCAAUGUCGUCCACGGUGCAGCUGUGGGUAACCGGGCUCCCACGGGAUCCAUAUCCUCAUUGCGACCACCUACCCCCUCUGAAUCCUCUUCCUCUUCCUGCUCCUCUUUUAUUUCCUCACAUACUCCUUGCUUGUUAGAUCGGCCUGAGCGUCCUAUAGAUCCCGUGGUCUUCCCGUCUGGCACGCUUUCGAAUUCAACAAGGCCGUUGCAUGUACCUUAA